AUGUCGCCGCCGGAGGAGCCCGCGGGCCAAGAGGUUACUAGCCAACCUGGCGGCGGAGACACAGCAACUAUCAAAGAAAAUGUAGAGCCAAGACACCUCUGCGACUCCCCAGCCCAACAUGUCGUUGAGCCAGCCGUUGCCGGGGACAAGCAACACGGCUCCAAGAACAAAGACAACGAGCGAGGGCAUGCUUCUACUUCCGGUGAAAGGGGGACAGAGCAGGAUGCUACCUCUGCCGAAGCUUUGUCCGCAUCUUCAAGCCCCGCCGACGACAUCAAACAGCCCUCAACACCCGCCACCGGGAAGCAGGUCCUAGCACCAUUGAAGCUCCAUGAGCCAGGUACACCAGACGUCAUGACAUCUUCGGUGGCCACGAUAAAGGCCCCGGCCUCGUCGUCACACAAAAUCGAAAACGAUGCCCAAUAUCUUACGGCCGAGCAGUCGGCCUAUGUCGAUCCCACACCCGCAACCCCCGUGACCUCGCAGCCACCUUCGCGGUGUCCCUCCACCACUGCAAGAUCCUACCGAUCCGACGAGCCCUCACCGUCAAGAUCCGAUGGUGCAGAUGAAGAAAAGAGGUAUACAAGCGAAGACGAGCAAGAUGGCGGCUCCCGGUCCGAAAUUCAGAGCAUCAUGGAGCAGUUCAGCGAGGCAGGUGGUGGGCCUGGUGUAGACGAAGUCAUGAGCCCGCGCCUGGAAAUCGCCUCUCCCAUUCUUUCUGGGCCUGCUCCGCAUCCACCGCGGAAGUCGAGCUUGGAGCCGCUCUCGCAGUCGAUACCGAGCCCACUCCAAGACUUCAGCGCCUUGCGCAUGUCUACCUCGUCUCCGUCUAGUGUACGGUCCAAGGAACGGGCUACCGAUGACCAGGGACCCCCCGUUCCGCCCAAGGACGGUGCCUUUGGAACUCCCCCUAGGACACGAGAAGACGGACGGCCAUCUAGCAUCACGGCGCCAACUUCUCCGCAGCUAUCUAUGCAUCGGCCACCUCCGCCUGAUCCAGAACCAGAACCGGCACUGCCCUUCGAUUUUCACAGGUUCUUAGAACAGCUACGGAACAAGAAGGCCGAUCCAGUUGCAAGGUAUCUCAAGUCGUUCUUGUCUGAAUUUGGCAAGAAACAGUGGAUGGUUCACGAGCAGGUCAAGAUUACUAGCGAUUUCCUGGCCUUCAUUGCCAAUAAGAUGAUGUUGUGCGACGUCUGGAGGGAUGUGUCCGACGCUGAAUUCGACAAUGCCCGCGAGGGAAUGGAAAAACUGGUCAUGAAUCGAUUAUAUACGCAGACAUUUUCCCCUGCGAUUGCGCCUCCGAAGCCCAUCCCUGGUGCCAAACCAAGACGGAGAGGCGGAGAUGUACCUUUAGGACCGGGUCGCCGAGGGCAACACCAAGAAGACGUCGAGCGCGAUGAGAUUCUAACGCAAAAGAUCAAUAUCUAUGGAUGGGUGAAGCUGGAGCAUCUGGAUAUUCCACCUGUAGGUGACAGCGGUCGCCGAUUUUUGAAGCUAGCUCAGCAAGGUCUGUUGAAACAUAACAAGUCCGACUCAUCAGCAGAUUCAUUCAUGCCGCUUCUGAUCUACGUUGUGCUGCAAUCCAACCCAGAGCAUCUGGUUUCCAAUGUGCAGUACAUCUUGCGAUUCAGAAAUCAGGAGAAGCUCGGCGGCGAAGCUGGCUACUACUUGUCAUCUCUGAUGGGCGCUAUCCAAUUCAUCGAGAACAUGGACCGAUCAUCACUGACUAUAUCCGAUGACGAGUUUGAAAGAAACGUUGAGGCAGCCGUAUCAGCCAUCGCAGAAAAACACCAAGCCACAUCCCCCAUCGUCCAGCAGCAGGCAACAUUCAACGAAAAAACCGGCAUCCAUCGCAGCGGAUCAAGCGGGCGUCCCUCCACGGACGGCGGCGCAGAGGGCUCAACCCCCCGGCGCUCGACCUCGUCCUACGAAGGCGAAGCCCAAGAUGGCGCAGCAAUUAGCGGCCUCCUCCGAACCAUCCAGAAACCCCUCAGCACAAUCGGCCGCAUCUUCUCUGACGAAAAUGGCUCGUCCUCUAACCCCGGGAGUGCGCCCCGGUCUCCAGCUCCGCCGGAUCGCCAAUCCCCCCGAUCCAACUACCGCGACGAACAGGCUGCUUUGCGACGCCAACAAGAGGUGUUGCUCGCCAAGCACGCGCUCCCUGCUGAAGAAGCGGCCGCGAGACAAGCAAGCGCCGAGGCAGCAGAGGCCCAGCGCCUGCAUCGUGCCGAGCACGCAAACGUUGUAGAGACACUAGCGGGCAUGUUUCCUGAUCUCGAUAAAGAUGUGAUUAGCGAUGUUGUUUACCAGAAACAGGGAAGGUAG